AUGUUCUUAGGGUCAUACCGGAAUUUUUUGAGGAAAAAUGUCAAGGAAGUAGCUAAGUCGAGAAAGAAUUAUAAUUGCUACUAUUCGUUGAGACCUCAAUGCUUUUCUACAGCUGCUUUUCUGAGGAAUAAGGACACUAAGAAUUCAGAAGUAAUUUUUGGAGGACAAUCUUUAGAUGAUUUAUUUAACAAUGUUAAAAAGUCAAUGAAGGAAAAAAAGGAUAGAAGUAUGGCUUCUACAAACCGAAAGACGUCUGGCAAUGCCCGAAACGAUGGUUUAGAGAAACUAGACUCUCGUCCUAAUAGGCAAAGAAGAAACUCUCUUCAAGGGAAUAGGGUACAGCUUCCAGGCUUUCAAGAUAGAAGGUCACAAAAUCGUUCAGAUUCGGCUGGUAAAACUGGUUUGCAAUCAGGUGAAUAUUCAGCGAGGAAAGACGUAAACAAUUCGGAAUUUCCACCCAAGUUUGAAGGAAUUAGGCCUCAUUUUAAGCCCUUAAAUAGACCAACCCCUGCCACCAAAGAAAAGCUUAAACCCAGCGAACCAUCAGUUGAAGAGGUUACCAAAUUUGAUUUGGCGGAUUCUUCUAAUCCUAAGUCUAUACGUGCGGGAAGUCGAGAUCGACUUUUACAUAAAUAUGAUGCACCUACAACUACCAGUAGUGAUGCUUCAGUAAAGAAUCCAAGAGCAAAGUCGAGAAAGCGUUUGCAAAAACAAGAAGAAACUGGAAUGAGUGUACUUUCAGAGGGGGAAGCAGCUUCAAGUCAGGGAUCGAACCAAAGAAAAAAGUUUUUCCGGACUAACGUAGCUCACCUUUCUAGUUUUCACCCUCAGCUUAUUCUUCCACAGCAAUUGGUAGAGUUUGUAUCUCCUUCCACUUCACUUCCUAAAGGACUGCAACUCAUGAAGAAGCAAUUGCAAGCAUCAGUCUCCUAUCCCCGUAAUUAA